GAAAAACCUCUGAAUACAUCUGAGACUAUCAAUGUUAAGGCGCAGUUUCCAAAGUCUAAUCAAGGUCAUGAGCUCUUUUGACCUGCACAGUCCUACACUUCAAGAUGUGUCACUUGCACUUAGAGAUAACUUGAAAAGCUGUUUUGAGAAUGUACAAUGUUCAGUUGUUGAAUGUCCAGACCUCACGAGUUCUCCUUAUAAUCUGACAUUGAAAGGACUAAACGGUAAGGGAACCAUUUGCGACGUAGGGAGUUUUGACUAUCUGUUGCCAGUCCCGAAGAAGGAUAGACAUUAUGAUCUGUUAGAUGUAUUUAAAGCGUCAAACGUGAAUUCCGGAGUAGCGAUUGGUGCUGCUGCUGGACCUUUCUUUCUGACGGGCUCAAACUCUGAGAUGGUUAUCAAUAUGGCUUCUUCAAAUGGUACGGUUACAAAUAAUGGAUCGUUAUUAGGAUCAUAUGAUAAAACGAAUAAUAAACCUCUGUUGACAAAAGCUGAUAACAGUAAAUUCGCUUUGCUAGGCCAAAUGUUUCUAUGCGAAGGGAAACCUGGACCGGUCAUUGAACUGAUUGUUUCUGGUCGACUUAAAGACGGGAAAUUCGAUGCAAUGAUUCGUGAAGCUUUACAUGCUAGAUAUAGUAAUGCAAAGAAUCCUGUUGGUUUGGGUGGAGUUAUUGUACAAGAGAAAGGCAAAUCAUUUUAUCAUGUCCUUCCGGAAUUCGCUCAGGAACCUCUUGACUCAGGGGAUAAAGUUCGUAAUUGGAUUAAAAUGUUUGAAAUGGAUUCUCCUGUCAUCUCAGUUGGCAUAGCAGUAUCACAUGAUCCGCAUCAACUUGGUCUACGAUUAGAGCACUUUCAUUGUUUCAAUCAAGAUCAGACCAAUUGUGGUCAUUGUCAUUUUGAUACACACGGUCCAACGGUCGCCUAUCGGGCAUAUUUUGCCUUAGCUGAGAAAUUAAUACGGAUAGAUCAACCGAAGAGAGGAUGUUAGAUGGAGUGGAAGUGUCUAGUUUUGUGUUUUUAUACAGGUAUAAAUAUAUAUAUGUUGUGUGCAAUUGGACAACAGGUGUAUGUAUUUGUGUACACCCUACUGUGAUCGAUCUCUUGAUCUGGAUAAUUUAGUGUUUUGAUCGCCUUUUUCUCUUUUUUUUACUUGAUCCUAGUUUCUUUCUUAAAUGAUAAUCAAUAUUUGUUCUAGUGAUGUGUAUGGAAUUAGUUUAUGUACUUGCUUAUUUACGUAUGACAAAUGAAUAUUUAUUAAAAAA